GCGAUAGGAGAUUCAUUUGAAUUCACUUCUUCAGAGAUGCAGGAGCCAAUCAGGAUCCUGUUGCAGUGAAAAUGAUUCUUUUAUUGAAACCCCAGCUUCCUUUAAAAGAAGCCAAAGAGUACUGAAUUACAGAACUGCCAUACAGCCUUCCCUUUAUUCUUUCCAUCACCCAGGCCACAGGAAAAAAAAAAAAAAAGACAAACUUUUGUUCUUAUUUUCACAAGUUAUCACAUGGUUUGGAAACUUCAGGGCAUUUCUGAAACUUCAUUGGUAUGUGUCAGAAAAGUCCUCCUUAAUACACCCGGUUGAAUGAAAGACAGUUUGAGAUGUUAAUUUCCAUUUAUUGCAGAAAAAAAUACAUUUAAUGCAUUAAGGAAAUGUCUAGCUUAAAUAAAUUGCCCACUUUUGAAAUGAAUGGUUGGAGGCCUGAGGUCCAAACCUCUAAAAUCAGUUAACAAAUGUUUAUUGAACACCUGCUUUGAACUAGGCUGUUGAAGAAGUUCAAAAGUCUAAGAUAAAUUCCCACUUUCAACUCACCUACAGUCUAGGUGGGCAGAAAAAAUCCAAACUCAGGGGACAAUGCAAGAGUUAGAUAGUAAAACCAGACAAAUAGACAAGCAAUGAAACAAGACACUGUAUGGUUGGGCUUAGAAAAGUGUGUUUCAGGCAAUAUAUAUUCUAGAGGCAUAGGGAUAUUCUAGGCAUAUUCUAGAGGCACAGUAAUCUGACAAUCCCUGGAAAAUAUUCACAAAGAAGGUAGACCGUUGGGAUGACCUUGAAAACAUAGAUAAGAAUCAGAUAACCUUACGAGGAAGGAGGAAGCAAACAAUGAAUCUGGCUGUAAUAGAGUGGGGAGUGGGAGAGGUUAAGGAGGGUGGGAACGGGCCAGAUUGGCAAAUCCUUAGUGGUAAGGCCUGGCUGUAGGGCUGAAGAUUAUUCUAAGGGAUCCAAGGUCAACAGCAGUGUUUAAAAUUAGAUGGCCAAGUGCAUGGAUUCCCUUUCCUUUCCUCCUUUUCUGUCCUUUAAAAGCACAACCUGAUUAGACAGUCUGGGACAUUCCUAGCCCUAGGCUAAAAAGCAGCGAUUGAGGCAAAGUAUUCUUGGCCCUGAAGUUGAACGGUUCACUCUGGGGAUGGAGCUCAGGGAAGUCAUAGGGAGUCUGGGCCCAGGUAGGAUCAGACCUAUCCGCAGGCUUACUUAGGCUCCAAUGAUUAAAGCUCAGCUUCCCGAAUGUGCCCCGAGGAUAAAAGAAGACUUUUGAGUGAAAGGCAUUUUCCAAGGCGCUCUCAAUGGGAGUGGCUGAGAUUGCUAAGUGCGGCCGCAGAGCACCCGCUGAACGCACACAAAAAAGUGUCUUCUCACCGCAUGAUUAGUGUUCACAGGUUUCGUCUAGCUCACCAGAAAUGAAGAAUAGCGCUGAUGAAAUGACACGUCACCUGGAGGGCUGAAAAACAAAAAGUGCGUAAGAGGGUCCCAAAAAGAACCAGCUUCCGUAUAGACGGGUCUGCAAAAUCUGCAGUCUCCUGUCCUCCGGGUCCCUUGGCCCGCCCCGAGGUGGGGACAAGGAAUCGGAAAGCCCAGCUCAGCAGGCUCUCCUCCCUCGCAGCCAGCAGAUGGCUCCCGGGCUCUCUUGCGCGCUCGCUCGCCCCCUCUCCAGACGCAGGGCUUUUGCGGUUUGGGAGGGAGGCUGCAAGGAGGGGCGCGGUGCCCGCCGCCGCCACCGCAGCACAGCGCAGCGUCUCUCCUGGGGGUGAGCCACACGCUGGGGACCCAGCGCCCGGGCACCGGAGGCCGGCCUGGCACGGGUGCGGAGGCCGGCUCUCGCGAGAAAGCAUAAAGGAUGUUAUUGGCAGAAAGAUAAAAAUUUCAGUGAAGAAGAAAGUAAAGUUGGAAGUUAAGGGAGACAAAGUUGAAAACAAAGUGCUGGUGCUUACAUCAUGCCGAGCCUUCCUUGUAACAGCGCGAAUCCCCACCAAGCUUGAGUUAACCUUCAGCUACUUGGAGAUUCAUGGCGUCAUCUGCAGCAAGUCAGCUCAGAUGGUUGUGGAAACUGAGAAGUGCAACAUCUCCAUGAAGAUGGCAUCGCCCGAGGACGUGAGUGAGGUGCUGGCUCACAUAGGCACCUGCCUGAGGAAGAUAUUUCCUGGCCUCUCUCCAGUGAGAAUCAUGAAAAAAGUCUCCAUGGAGCCGCCUGAGCGCCUGGCUAGUCUCCAGGCUCUGUGGGACAGCCAGACCGUGGCUGAGCAGGGCCCCUGUGGUGGAUUUUCUCAGAUGUAUGCCUGUGUUUGUGACUGGCUUGGAUUUUCUUACAGGGAAGAAGUACAAUGGGAUGUGGAUACAAUUUAUCUUACCCAAGACACCAGGGAAUUGAAUUUACAAGAUUUUAGUCAUCUUGACCACAGGGACUUAAUACCUAUCAUUGCUGCUCUGGAAUAUAACCAGUGGUUCACAAAGCUGUCCUCUAAGGAUCUAAAACUGUCCACUGAUGUCUGUGAACAGAUCUUGAGGGUGGUGAGUAGGUCCAAUCGACUGGAAGAAUUGGUGUUGGAAAAUGCUGGACUUAGAAUAGAUUUUGCACAAAAACUGGCCAGUGCUCUAGCGCAUAAUCCCAACUCAGGACUCCACACAAUUAACCUUGCUGGCAACCCACUGGAGGAUAGAGGUGUGUCCUCUUUAAGUAUUCAAUUUGCCAAACUCCCGAAGGGAUUAAAGCAUUUAAAUUUAUCUAAAACCUCACUAUCACCUAAAGGGGUGAACAGCCUUUCUCAGUCACUCAGUGCCAAUCCAUUGACCGCCUCUACCCUUGUCCAUCUCGACCUCUCAGGGAACGUCCUUCGUGGAGAUGACCUCUCACACAUGUACAAUUUUUUGGCCCAGCCAAAUGCCAUUGCUCAUCUGGAUUUAUCCAAUACCGAAUGUUCCCUGGACAUGGUCUGUGGAGCUCUUCUCCGUGGAUGCCUUCAAUAUUUAGCUGUGCUCAACCUCUCCAGAACUGUCUUCUCUCACCGGAAAGGAAAAGAAGUACCUCCAUCUUUCAAGCAAUUUUUUAGUAGUUCUCUGGCUUUGAUGCACAUCAACCUUUCAGGCACAAAACUGUCUCCUGAGCCCUUAAAAGCACUGUUAUUGGGCCUGGCUUGUAAUCAUAACUUGAAGGGGGUUUCUCUGGAUCUCAGCAACUGUGAGCUUGGCCAUUGUCUGAGAUCAGGAGGUGCUCAAGUAUUAGAAGGUUGCAUUGCUGAAAUACACAACAUCACCAGCUUAGACAUCUCCGACAAUGGUUUAGAAUCUGACCUAUCUACCUUAAUAGUGUGGCUCAGUAAAAACAGAUCAAUACAACACCUGGCGUUAGGCAAAAAUUUUAAUAAUAUGAAAUCCAAAAAUCUGACACCUGUAUUGGACAACUUAGUACAGAUGAUUCAAGAUGAAGAAUCACCUCUGCAGUCCUUGUCCCUGGCUGACUCAAAACUCAAGACUGAAGUCACCAUCAUCAUCAAUGCCCUGGGAAGCAACACCUCCCUGACCAAAGUGGACAUUAGCGGGAACGGAAUGGGGGACAUGGGAGCGAAGAUGCUGGCCAAAGCACUGCAGAUCAACACUAAGCUCAGGACUGUAAUAUGGGACAAGAACAACAUCACUGCACAAGGCUUUCAGGAUAUAGCUGUUGCUAUGGAAAAGAACUACACGUUAAGAUUUAUGCCAAUUCCUAUGUAUGAUGCUUCUCAAGCCCUAAAAACAAACCCUGAAAAAACAGAAGAGGCUCUGCAAAAGAUAGAAAACUACCUGCUACGAAAUCACGAGACUAGAAAAUACCUUCAAGAGCAGGCCUACCGCCUGCAGCAGGGUAUUGUCACCAGCACCACCCAGCAGAUGAUUGACAGAAUAUGUGUGAAAGUACAAGAUCAUCUCAACUCCUUACGAAAUUGUGGGGGAGAUGCUAUCCAGGAAGAUUUAAAAUCAGCAGAGCGGCUCAUGCGUGAUGCUAAGAACUCUAAAACGUUGUUACCAAAUUUAUACCAUGUUGGUGGUGCAUCUUGGGCGGGAGCCAGUGGCUUGUUAUCCAGUCCAAUUCAGGAGACCCUGGAAUCAAUGGCUGGAGAAGUUACAAGAGUAGUAGAUGAACAACUAAAGGCGUUGCUUGAGUCCAUGGUUGAUGCUGCUGAGAAUCUUUGUCCCAAUGUGAUGAAAAAAGCCCACAUUCGACAAGACUUGAUUCAUGCCAGCACCGAAAAGAUUUCUAUUCCACGUACCUUUGUUAAAAAUGUCCUGUUGGAGCAGUCUGGAAUUGAUAUCCUUAACAAAAUUAGUGAAGUAAAGUUGACAGUGGCCUCCUUCCUGUCUGAUCGAAUUGUAGACGAAAUCCUGGAUGCACUCUCACAUUGCCAUCAUAAACUGGCUGACCAUUUCAGCAGACGUGGCAAGACCCUUCCUCAACAAGAAUCCUUAGAGAUCGAGCUGACUGAGGAGAAGCCAGUUAAACGUUCCAUCAUCACAGUGGAGGAGCUAACAGAGAUAGAGCGUUUGGAAGAUCUGGAUACCUGUAUGACUCUCUGCUGUACAAGUAUGACCCCUAAAUCCAAAAGGAAGAGUAUCCAUAGCCGAAUGCUGCGGCCUGUUUCUAGGGCUUUUGAAAUGGAGUUUGAUCUAGAUAAAGCGCUGGAAGAGGUACCAAUUCACAUCGAAGACCCGCCCUUCCCAUCCCUCAGACAGGAGAAGCGGAGCUCGGGAUUUAUCUCUGAGUUGCCCUCUGAAGAGGGGAAGAAGCUGGAACACUUUACCAAGUUAAGGCCAAAAAGGAAUAAGAAGCAGCAACCCACCCAAGCAGCGCUGUUUGUUUUGCAGGUCUGUGCUGCCAACAUAGUCUCCCAAGAUGGUGAACAGAAUGGUCACAUGGGGAGAGUAGAUGAAGGUGUAGAUGAAUUUUUCACCAAGAAGGUGACCAAAAUGGAUUCCAAGAAAUGGUCAACAAGAGGCUCAGAGUCUCAUGAGCUUAAUGAAGGAGGAGAUGAAAAGAAAAAGCGAGAUUCUCGGAAAAGUAGUGGCUUUCUCAACUUAAUCAAAUCCCGGUCCAAAUCUGAGCGGCCACCAACGAUCUUGAUGACAGAAGAACCCUCCUCACCAAAAGGGCCCGUCAAAAGUCCACCUGUGGACUGUCCCAGGAAGGACACAAAGGCCACCGAGCACAAUGGCAAUUCUGAACGGAUAGAGGAGAUAAAAACACCUGACUCCUUUGAAGAGAGUCAAGGGGAAGAAAUAGGGAAGGUGGAACGGAGUGACAGCAAGAGCAGCCCACAGGGAGGGCGGAGGUAUGGGGUCCAGGUGAUGGGCAGUGGUCUGCUGGCAGAGAUGAAAGCCAAGCAAGAGAAGAGAGCUGCGUGUGCACAGAAGAAGCUUGGGAAUGAUGCCGUAUCCCAGGAUUCUUCCAGCCCAGCCUUGAGCAGCGUAGAACGGUUGGAUGGAGGUGGGGCAGUGCCUAAACUGCACCCAGGUCUUCCAGAGAACCGCUUUGGUUUGGGAACACCAGAAAAGAAUACCAAAGCAGAACCCAAAGUGGAAGCAGGUUCCAGGUCUCGGAGCUCAUCCAGCACACCUACAAGCCCGAAGCCCCUCCUGCAGUCCCCCAAACCCAGCCUGGCAGCACGGCCCGUCAUCCCACAGAAACCAAGAACCGCCUCACGGCCUGAUGACAUUCCAGACUCUCCAUCUAGCCCGAAAGUUGCCCUUCUUCCACCUGUCCUGAAAAAAGUUCCUUCAGACAAGGAGAGAGAUGGCCAGAGUAGCCCCCAGCCCAGCCCCAGGACAUUUUCACAGGAAGUAGUGCAAAGAGGAGAUUAUUACAAAAGACAUUCAGAUCAUGACAGUGGCAAGCCUUCCAGUAGAGGGAAAAGAUCUUCAAAACUGUACUCCACCAUUGCAGAAGAGGAAGUGAAUGCAAUUGGGCACAGGAAGUCACAGCCAACAAAUGUUUCAAGGAGAAGCUGGGGCCAGCAGGCCCAGGAGUAUCAAGAACAAAAGCAACGGUCCUCCAGUAAAGAUGGCCAUCAAGGCAGCAAAUCUAGUGACUCUGGAGAAGAAGCAGAAAAAGAGUUUAUUUUUGUGUAAAGGUCACCCACGCAGAAGUCUUUCUGUGCAGGGUGCUUUGGUAGCCAUCAGAGAGGAACCAAGGGCACCACCUCUUCUUCCCAGGCGUUCUUCUCUCGGUGCUUUAUUCUCUUCUUUUUCUUUAUUUCUCCCCCUACCCCCAUCCCCUGCUUUUUUUUUUUUUUUUUUUUUUUGUAUAGAAACAGAUCCAUUUCUUGGUAAUCAAAUCACAUUUGUUUGGUCUUCCUCCAACCCUUCGCAUUUGAUUUCUAAACAUUCCUUCAUAUGCCUUUAAUGAAAGCCAGCAAUUAUCCCAUGGGCCCUACUUGAAUUUCUCUGAGGCAGCUACAGAUUGCCCUGCAAGAUGAGUUUUUGGAGAUAAAUGAAAUAACUGGACACACACUCACACAAGUAACACCACAGCAAACCUCAGAGUACUGCUGAGUGUACCUGUGUCAAAUCCACACAGGACUCAAUAUAGCAAUUUAUUCUUGAUGUAUGCAAUUGCACAUUGUAAUUAUAUUAACAGAGCACACUAAUAAUUUGUAUAAAUUAUAUAUAUUAGAUCUUGGGUAUGGUUUUUACCUUCUCCCAUGGGGAACUUCUUCCUUCCUGAUGUGGAAUUGUACAUUUAAAGCUUGGUCGGUGACCUUUGCAUAGCGUCAACGAGCACAGUUAAGAACAGAGUGAGAGAGGCUUGCGGCUGAUUUUACCAUGUGCCCAGAUUAAUGUAUAUAGUUGAUUGGAAUGAGGUUUUAUGAAUAUUCAUGUUUUUGAAGGCCUUUAAUUUCUGUCUGCAUAUUAGCUUUUAAUGUGUGAUUUUAAGAGAGAAUACUUUGACACCUGUAAAAAUCAAAAUACUACUCUUUAUAAGACAUUUCACAAAUAUUCACUUACAUUACAGGCUGGAAGUAUUUUAUUCAUAUGUAUAUUUAUACCAAUAAAAUGAUUUUACAAGUGGAA